AUAGAAAUGCUAAAUAAACAUUGAGAAAUCGAUGCAUCUUUAUUAAUUCAUUUAAAGUACAGACCAAAACAAAAGAAAAACGUUUUAAAAUUGUUAAUAUAUUGUUAAUAUAAUGGAUUGUGAUAGUAUUCAAAUGGCUAUGACGGAAGAACAUCAACUUACAGAACGCAAGGAGUGUGGACGCAGGGGACGAAAGCCUGGCCGAAAAACAUCGUCUGAAAAAAUUGACAUAAAAGCUAAAUUGGAGCGAAGCAGACAAAGUGCAAGGGAAUGCCGCGCCCGCAAAAAGCUUCGUUAUCAAUACCUUGAAGAGCUAGUUGCAGAUCGUGAAAAGGCAGUUAUUGCAUUGCGCGCUGAACUGGAGCGAGUUGUACAUGCAAUGGGGUAGACAAUUGGACGAAAAGACAAGCCCCAGUGAAGUGAAUCAGUUGCUUAAAGAUAUUGGUAUUCUUAAACAGGAAAUAUUUGCUUAAAUU